GUGCCGGCUGCCACUGGAGCAGCCAGAGCCGUGUGUCACCCCGGGUACCAGAAUAAGCGGGCGUGGGCCGAUCCCGAUAAUCCUAGGGUCAAAGCGCAGGGCAGCGUUUCUUUACCAGGCACGCAGCCACAGGGCUCGGCUGCGUGUCCAUGUCCCCGCGCAGCGCCUCGGAUGGCUCCUGCGGCGCCACCGCUGCCGGAACAGCCGUGCAGGCGGCCGGAGCCAGCCGGCUCCCGGCUUCCUUUCCCCGCGCCCGUGGGAGGAGUGACGGAGGGGGGGGGCCCGCUCCCGGACGCGGCGUCACGGCUCGGGGCACCCCGGCAGAGACCCUCGCACGGCCCCGAGUCCGUCGCCAGCGUUCCCUGGGCUGCUUAUCCCACGGCCGCAGGCAGAGACCCGGUGGUGGAGCGCAGCAUGGUGAAGAAGGUGGCCAUCAUCGGCGGGGGCAGCAGCGGGCUGUGCGCCAUCAAAGCCUGCCUCCAGGAGGGGCUGGAGCCCGUCUGCUUCGAGAGGACUGGCGACAUCGGAGGCCUCUGGAGGUUUGAGGAGCACCCCGAGGACGGCCGUGCCAGCAUCUACCGCUCCGUCAUCAUCAACACCUCCAAGGAGAUGAUGUGCUUCAGCGACUUCCCCAUCCCCGAGGACUUCCCCAACUACAUGCACAACUCCAAGAUCAUGGAGUACUUCCGCAUGUACGCCCAGCACUUCGACCUGCUCCGCCACAUCCGCUUCAGGACCAGCGUGUGCCGCGUCUCCAAGCGCCCCGACUUCGCCAGCAGCGGGCAGUGGGAGGUGGUGACGGAGAGCAAGGGGAAGCAGGAGGCGGCCAUCUUCGACGCCGUGCUGGUGUGCAGUGGGCACCACACCGACGCUCAUCUCCCGCUCGCUUCCUUCCCAGGAAUUGAGAAGUUCAAGGGCCGCUACCUCCACAGCCGAGACUACAAGGAUGCUCAGGCUUUCACAGACAAAAGGGUUGUUGUCAUCGGGAUUGGCAAUUCGGGGUCAGACCUGGCUGUCGAGAUCAGCCAAACAGCCCAGCAGGUCUUCCUCAGCACCCGCCGGGGCGCGUGGAUCUUCAACCGCGUUGGAGAUCGGGGCUACCCCAUCGACACCAUCUUAACCACCCGCCUGAAGGCAUUCCUGCAGGGGCUGCUCAGCUCAUCCGUGGCCUGCGACUACAUGGAGAAGAAGCUGAAUGCCAGGUUCGAUCACUCACGUUACGGCCUGAAGCCAAAGCACAGGGUCUUUCACCAGCACCCAACCAUCAACGAUGACCUGCCCAACCGCAUCAUUUCGGGCAGGGUGCAGGUGAAGCCAAACAUCCAGGAGUUCACAGAGACAUCUGCCAUCUUUGAGGAUGGCACCAGGGAAGACAUCGAUGCCGUAGUUUUUGCCACAGGAUACAGCUUCUCCUUCCCGUUCCUCGAGGGCUGCGUGAAGGUGGUGGAGAACCAGAUUCCUCUGUACAAAUACAUGUUCCCCCCUGACCUGGAGAAGCCGACGCUGGCUUUCAUCGGGCUCAUCCAGCCCCUAGGAGCCAUCAUGCCCAUCUCAGAGCUCCAGUGUCGCUGGGCCACCCGUGUCUUCAAAGGGCUGAACGAGCUGCCCCUGCAGCACGACAUGGAGGCUGACAUUGAGCAGAAGAAAGAAGUGAUGGCAAAGCGGUACGUGAAGAGCCAGCGGCACACCAUCCAGGUGGAUUACAUCCCUUACAUGGACGAGCUCGCCUGCCAGCUGGGGGCCAAGCCCAACCUGCUCUCCCUGUUCCUCACGGACCCCAGGCUGGCCCUGGAGGUGGCCUUCGGUCCCUGCACGCCGUACCAGUACCGGCUGCGGGGCCCGGGCGCGUGGGCAGGAGCCAGGGCCGCCAUCCUCAGCCAGCGGCAGCGCAUCCUCAAACCCCUGCAGACACGACACGUGGAAGAGAGCACCUCAGCCCCUGCCAUGCCCCUCAUCUUCAAGCUGAUCGGGGCCGUGGCCAUCCUGGCAGCUGUUUUUGCUUACUUGUAGGUGCCCUGCAAGCACAGGAAGGGUGGCUUUUGUCCUGGGGUGACUCCCUAAACCAGGACAGCUUUGCAAUGUGCUGUGGGACUGGCUGGCCACCCCUGGCCCCUUGGCAGCCUGUGCACCCCAGUGGUGGCAGAAACCUUCCUCCUGCCUGGCAUGGACCAGCUGUGCCCACACCAUGAACUAGGGAUGCACAGAACCUCCCCAGCUGCCAAAGUAAUGCUUGGGCUCCUGCUCUGCACCUCCCCUUGGGGAAUGCUGUCAUGGACAGAGGAGGAGACCUGCUCACUGCAGGCUAAAUUCCAGUCCCUCUCAACCAGCGCUCCGGGCUUUUCUGUCCCCUGUAACCCAGCCAUGCCAAUUUUGCCACAUGUGCACCAGAGCUAAGCAGCAAAGGCACACCACACUUUCUAAGUGGAUAAAUGCAUUAAACAGCCAAGUGUCUGUCCUGUUACUGACACCA